AGAGGAGAUGCACUUGUUGCUCUGGGCUGCAGGGAGAUAGGAGUAAAGAUCGCAGAAGGAAGGGACAAAAGGAAAAUAUAACCCAACUGAGAAUGAAAUAGCAACCAGCACGUGUUUGGCUGCUUAGUCUGCCGUCUGGGGGCCAGUUGCUCUGCAUUUAGGAGCAGACCAACCAGAUUUAUAUUGCAUUAAAAAAUAACUCACCAAGAACACAACAACCCCAGGAUCAUCAAAGACGUUUUAAAUCAAAGGUCAGCAGUCAACAUUGUUUCCAGACUCCCACAGCCAGCCAUAGUGCAUGGAAGCACUUUCCACUUUACCCUCAACUCCAGCAGACGUUUGUAAAAGUUCAACAACAACAAAAAAUAUAUAUAUAUAUAUAAAUGAACUGAUGCUUCAGGCUGGGUGAAAGGUUGCGUAUUGAAGAUGGAAGGCAGUGUGCUGGCCAGCAGAUACAAAGUAAAGUCGUCCAUCAACCUGAUGGGAGAUUCAGCAGAAAAGAAGAAAGUCAAGAAAAAGGGAGCGAAAGAAAAGAAGGAUUCCUGUAAAAUAAGAAGAAAUUCUUCAAGUACGCCAUCAACCUCAGAUGAGAUUGUAAUGGCUCAUAAACGAGGGAAAAGUAUCAAGCUCCAUGCUUCUAAAGCUUCUAAAGCAUCUCCGGGCAUGGAGAAAUCAACUAGUCAAGGGGGUACCAAGCCUUGUGCAGAACCGAUGGAGAACAGUGAUAAAUCUGACAGAGAUGGAGAUCAGGCCGAAGCAUCCUCCAUUUGCUCCAUAGACCAACUCGCUACCUCCGUAAACGAAUCCCUGCGCUGGGAUGGAGUCCUGGAAGAUCCCGUGGCGGAAGAGGAAAGGAUCAAACUUUACAAAUUAAACCGGCAGCUGAGAUACCUGGCGGCCCAGAACACCACGCGCAAGGAGGUCCAGUUCUGCCAAAAGGACUUCUCCAACUCUCAGUCUCAGAAGGACAAUCCAUACAUCAUCACCAGCAAAAUGUACCAGCAACUAGCCUCAAAGGAUCACGCCAACUCUUACUUUAUGGGCCAAAGAACCUGAAGUCCCAAGUUGCAAUGAAGUUAAUGCAGCCAGAGUCAGACGUAGUACUCCUCCAAUCUCCGACUGUUCCUCACAGUUAGAAAGCUAUAUAUAUUAACGUGAAUUGGGUUUAUAAUUACAUUCCCGCAUGAUGGUUUUUACAAACACUUGACCAAGAUCUUAAAUUGGAUCAACCACUGUUCAACUUGGCUGAGCAGCAUCUUGUUCUAUAUUUCCCUUUUCAGGUUCAAAAUUGAUGGGCAUUUUUACGCUUGAAGUAGUCUGGAUAGGAUGUGAGUAUUGUAGUGCUGAAGUAAUUUUAAACAAAGUGAUUAAAGCUGAUUGAGUUUCCGUUUUUGGAGAAAUUAAGAUCCGUGCCUCUAAAGUGGCCACUCUGGGCUUUUAUUCCAAUUAUCAGCACAAAAUGGGUAAAAACGUUUAAUGCAAUAAC